AUGGGUCGCGUGAUCCGCAACCAGAGGAAGGGUCGUGGAUCCAUUUUCACGGCCCACACCCGUCUCAACAAGGCGCCAGCUCAGUUCCGUACCCUCGACUACGCUGAGCGACAUGGAUACAUUCGCGGCAUCGUGAGAGAGAUCAUCCACGACCCCGGCCGUGGUGCUCCUCUCGCCAAGGUCUCCUUCCGCAGCCCUUACAAGUACAAGGAUGUCACCGAGACUUUCAUCGCCAACGAGGGCAUGUACACCGGUCAGUUCGUCUACGCCGGAAAGAACGCCGCUCUCACCGUCGGCAACAUCCUGCCCCUGGGCUCCGUUCCUGAGGGUACCGUCGUCACCAACGUCGAGGAGAAGGUCGGUGACCGAGGUGCUCUCGGCCGUACCUCUGGUAACUACGUUACCGUCAUUGGUCACAACCCUGAGGAUGGCAAGACCCGUGUCAAGCUUCCUUCUGGUGCCAAGAAGGUCAUCAAGAGCGAUGCUCGUGGUAUGAUCGGUAUCGUUGCUGGUGGUGGUCGUACCGACAAGCCUCUGCUGAAGGCCUCUCGUGCCAAGCACAAGUUCGCUGUCAAGCGCAACAGCUGGCCCAAGACUCGUGGUGUUGCCAUGAACCCCGUCGAUCACCCUCACGGUGGUGGUAACCACCAGCACAUUGGUAAGGCCUCGACCAUCUCCCGCUACGCCGCCCACGGUCAAAAGGCCGGUCUUAUCGCUGCCCGGAGAACCGGUCUGCUCCGUGGUACCCAGAAGACCAAGGAUUAA